GUUAAUUUUUCCCUGUCACUUGCCCUUCGCGCGUACAGCGUCGUGUAACCAAGUCAAUUCUCGCACCAAAGGCGGCCGAAUUCUGGCUGGAUUUUAUCGCUGGAGUGAAGAAUUUUAUCAUUUUGGAGGAUUUGAAUGAACCCGGAGGGUAUGUGGACACGGACCGUCGGUUUAACGGAAGGCAAUUCCAAAUCGCUUGACCUUUAAGUGGUCCGUGUCCACCAUCCUCCAGGGAAGAACACUGACCCCUGACCCCAGCGAAGCAUCAAUCAGUCACCGGAGGGGAAAAUUGAGACGAGACGAAACAUUUCAUGGGAGCACUCUCUGCUGAUGCAGAGACUAAACGGAACAAACCCUGAAAAAAAUACUGCGAGUUUUCAGAGAAAUGUAAACGAUGAAUCGACGAUUGCGAGGAACUGUUGACCAUAGCAGAAUGUGAUCAACUGUAGACUUUACCGGGUUAACAUGUCGACUACUGCCUCCCCCGCUCCCUUAGCUCCCAAGGGCAAAGCGGGGUCAUCGCACUCUUGGGAAGAAUGGACGCAACAACUGCAAGCAUACGUAGCCUGGGUCAACUCGCAGCUCAAGAAGCGACAGGGAUGCCGCAUUAUCGAGGACCUGAGGCGGGACAUGCAGGACGGCGUGCCGCUGGUUCAUCUGGUGGAAAUUGUCUCUGGGGAGACACUGGCCAGAGUUGAUUACAACCCUCAGACCACGACGGCGAUGAGGGAAAACGUGGAACGUGUGCUGCAAUUCAUGGCGUCAAAGAGAAUUCGCAUGCACCACACGUCCGCCAAGGACAUCGUCGAUGGCAAUCUGAAGGCCAUCAUGAGACUAAUCUUAGCUCUCGCGGCCCACUACAAGCCAAGCAGCGUCAAGCAGACGCCCCAGUCGUCCAGCGCCUCCGCAACGCCCACCGGGCGCAAAGCCCAGCGCCAGGCCUCCUUUGUUGCCAUGGCAGCCAAUGCCGCGGCUGCCAUCCACGACGUCCGGAAGGAGGCGGCUGGGGCCGGGUCGUCGCUACGGCGAUACAGAGAACAAAGAGGAAUGGGCCUCCGUAGUCGCAACUCCACCUCCCCGGCCACUAAAGACCAGAUACAGCAGAGGUUAAUGGCUAGCUCAAGCUCUGACAGCGAGCGUCCAGCCUCCAGAGCCAGCCCCCUCCCCUCCAUGGUAGCACCCUCACCCAGUCCCACCCCUAGCAGCAUCACACGGUCCAGUGAUCGCUCCAUCACCAGCAGUCCCAGGCUGCAUGUGGGCAGCGUGCCCCAGAUGUCCGACUCAGACCAAGGAAGUCCAGAGGAGGGAAGAUCACGAUCAAGCUCUCGGCGGUCCUCCAUCGCUUGGAGUGAGGCCCUCCUUGAAGAACACAAUGAAAUGACGGGGGACCUCGAGAAUACUAAGAAACUGCUGAACCAGCUACAAGAACUGUUACUAAGUGGCAGACCCCAAGAUGACGAUGGUAGCUCAGAGGCAGAGGAGGAUCAGAUGAUGUUUGAAGGAUCAAACGCCAAGGAACAAUUGGUCAUCCUGCAAGCCAGGCUUCAUCAGAGCCAAGAGGAGUGCAGCCAGCUCAAAGGGGAACUCUCUAAGGUCAAGCAGGAUUGUCGCAAUCUACAGGGAACUAAGGCUGGGCUGCAGUCGCGUCUGACCGAGCAAGAUAACGCCCUCCUCCAAAUGAAGGCGGAGCUUCUGAGGGUGGGCUUCACCCAACAGAACCAAGACGCCGAAAAGACGGAUCUCAAGAGGCGAUUGGAGGAGAAGGAGCGCAUGACCUCUGACCUGACCCGGCAGAUGAACCAGAAGGGGGACCUGCUCAAACAGCAGCAGGAGCAGAUAGAGAGUCUGACACAGCAGCUGCAGGAACUCAACUCCUUCAAGACUGAGCUACAGAACCAGCUAGAGAACAAGACCAACUCUACAGACUACGGGUUGCAGACGCAGCUACAGGAACUGACGCAACGCUUGGACAACGUCAAUAUGGCUGAGGCGAAUCUUGCCGCUCACAUCACUUCUCAAGACAGACAGUUGAUGAGGCUGGAAGAUCGAAUGCGCAGCGGCGCAGUACUCCCAUUCAAAGAGGGCUCGGAGGAAUUACAAACGAUGCGAAGCUCCCUGCGGAGCCUGAGGUCCAACAUGAGCAGCCAUGACCCCAACCACCACUCUCUAGACUCGCUAGAGCAGGGUAUUUGUACAUUAAUGGACCAUUUAUCAAUGUUAAAACACCGUGGCAUACACAAAGACAGCGACACUAGCUCCACAGAGAGCCUAUCGAGGCGAUACUCAACAGACAGUAACUCACAAGAACUCAACCAUCGCUCAUCUCAUCAACACUCAAACCAUGGCAAGCCCCGCGCCUCCUCCAUUUCCUCCACGAGCAGCAACCCCUCGGCUUGUACCAAGGUCUUGUACUUCACCGAGAGGACAGUUACUCCAUUCAUGAACUCCAUUCCUAAAAAGCUUGGUGAAGUCACCCUUGCAGAUUUCAAGCAGAUAUUUGACAGGGAAGGCAAUUACCGGUAUCACUUCAAAGCUCUGGAUCCAGAAUUUGGAACAAUCAAGGAAGAAGUUGAAGAUGAUGACGCAAUUCUGCCCGGCUGGGAAGGGAAGAUCGUAGGCUGGGUAGAGCAGGAUAACGGCUAGUUCCAGUGGGAGGAUGCGCACAGGAAAGAACAGCUGUUCCCACAAAGUGCAAACUUUCAACUUUGUUUGUUGUGUCUGUUUUUAUUUUUGUAAGUUCUGUUUGUCUUUACAUGUUUUUUUAAAGGUUGGAAACAUUUUGGUUUGGUAUUAAGCUGAAAUCUUUCGCUUGCACGUGACUCAUCAAAAGAGGCUAAAAAAAACCGUGCCUUGUUUUUGAAGGUUGUACUCUCUAUUCGAAAUCUACUCAAAACUUUGAACUUAAACAAUUCUGCUAACAUGGGAGAUACCGGUAACUUAAAAUUCUCCAUUCUCUGCACUUAAUGCAAAAACAAAAUCCCAACAAAUUACCAUACAUUAGGGCAUCCAUUUUUUAUUUCUAUGGUUCUCAUAUUUUUUGCCUGAAGGGUGUGGUAGGUCGGGGAAGAAAUCUGAAGAAAAAAAUGCUGUUGCACCAGUAAUGGCUAACUGAACUGAUACCAAGUGCGUAUUGUAUCUAGUUGUGUUUAUGAGUAUAUCAUGAGUUGAUGUCACUGAACAAAAUAAUAAUGCCAUCUUUGGCAGGAUGUACAGGGUGGUU